AUAAAAAAAAGUCCUUUAAGAGCCAAGGUUUAAUGGCCGAAACAUUCUGAGAUCAGUUUGUGAGGAAUUGCUGAACAACGCCCCAGGAAAGUCAGGAGCUGGGUGAGUGGGCGUCAGGGUGAAUUGAAAGGAGGUUCCUAAUGCUGUUGAUAAAGAUUUUACCAACUAGGUGGCAAAGUCUAAAAAUUAGGGCCACACCAUUCAGGAGAGAUAUGUGGAAGCACUUCUGUAAACAAAGGGUGAUAGUUGUUUGGAACUCUCUUCCACACAUGGCAGAGGAUGCAAGAUUAGAUUUAAAUUUUAAAUGAGGUAUUUUAUUUGAGCAAAAAUAUUCAGAUAUGAGGCAAAAGUCACAGAUCAACCAUCAUCUCAUUGAGAUGCAUAGAUAGGGUUGACAGUCAGAAUCUUUUCCCUAGAAUUGAACUGUGUAAUACUCGGGAGCAUGCAUUUAACGUAAGGGGGGAAAGUUCAAAGGAGAUGCGACGGGCAAGCUUUUUUACACCGAGAAUGCUAGGUACUUGGAACUGCCAAGGGAUAGUGAUGGAGGCAGACGCCAUAGGGCCGUUUAAAGGAAUUUUAGUUUGCGGGACGUGUGGUCAGGAGGAGCCCAACGGCAUGUGGAGACAGAAGAUCCGCUGGGCGAAUAACGGGCAGGUGUACAGUUUGUUAAACAGCGGCGCAGCUUACCGGCCCCCGGGCCAGGGGAGAGGAGCGGAGUCCCCACCCCAGAACAUCUAUCUGAGCACCGCCAGGGAGAGCAGCCCGAGCCGGGAGCAGCCUCGGCUAUCCCGGGGGCCUGGCAGGACACUCAGCACCCGCCAACUAGGUCCCGGAGCCCGGCUUCACACCGAGGGACGACUGCCCAGGGACAGGGAGCCUCUGACCCCCGGCCUGGAGCAGCGGGGGGCGGCCGGCCAUUCAGCUGAAUUGCAAGGGGACGAUCCGCGGAGUCACUUCAAGAACCGCAAUAGUGUGUUUUACAACGUCUACAGUUCAUCCCCCCGGCCAUCCCGACCCGUCAUUCGCCGUAGACUUGGGCUCGGGACCAGCUAUUUCCAAAACGGGCUUCCUGACUUAGUUCCUGAUCCAUAUUACAUUCAAGCGUCCAUGUAUAUCCAAAGGAUGCACAUGUAUGCAUUGAGAUGUGCGGCUGAGGAGAAUUGCCUCUCAAGGUCUGCCUAUAGUCCCAGAACAAGUGACCUCAGUAUUAGGGUGCUUCUACGGUUUCCUCAAAGAGUCAAAAAUCAAGGGACUGCUGACUUCCUCCCAAAUCGGCCGCGCCAUACCUGGGAAUGGCACAGUUGUCAUCAGCACUACCACAGUAUGGAUCAGUUUAGCCAUUACGAUCUGUUACAGGCCACCACGCAGAGGAAAGUAGCUGAAGGACACAAAGCUAGCUUUUGUUUAGAAGACACCGUGUGUGACCCUGGCAUCCGAAGAAGAUAUGCAUGCACCGCACAUACUCAGGGAUUAGGUCCUGGUUGUUAUGAUACAUACAAUGCAGAUAUUGACUGCCAGUGGAUUGAUAUAACAGACGUCGCUCCCGGAAACUACAUACUGAAGGUUUCAGUGAAUCCAGGAUUCCUGGUUCCAGAAUCAGUAAUGACAAACAAUGUGGUCAGGUGUGAUAUUCUGUAUACUGGGAGCUACGUGUCAGCUAGAAACUGCAGAAUUACAAGAUACUAAGGAUGACUCUUAGAUGUCAAAUGGUGAAUUGCUGGACUCCAGAGUUGGUUAGAAGUGUGUGUAUUCUUAGAAUUUUUGCUUGUUCAGUUUUGUGAUUGCAUUUAACAGUUUUGUGAAGAAAGUCUGUGACUUUAGUUUUGCUUCAGGCCUACAAUAUUGUGUUACCAAUUUAGAAUAAUUGUUGCAAUACAACAGGGAACUUUGUGAUAAUUCCAGUACAAUUUUGCAACCUCCAUAAUAUUCCAAUUUCUAUUUUUCCUUUCCUUCCCAAUAUAGUUCUCCUGAAACAAGAAGUUGUUACAGUCAGACAAGGCCUGACAUAAGUACAUCUUGUUGAGAUACGGGAAGUAUAACUUUGCUGGGAUUAUCAUUUACAUAUAUAUUUCUACCAUUUUGUAACAUAGCUCCUUGGAAGUCUAAAAUCUUAUACAUUGUAGGAUGAUGAGGGAAGGGAGUUCAAGAUUACUUUUAAGGAAAUAGAUUAAUAUACUUAAGACCUGAUAAAAUUCUCAGGGCACUGCAACAUAGUUACAGCACAGAAGGAGGUCAUUCAGCCAGUAUCUGUAUUAGUUCUCUGCAAGAGCAACUCAUCUUGUCCCAUUCUUCUGUCUUUUUUCCUUGUAACCCUGUAAUCUUCAAAUAAUUAUACAAUUUUCUUUUGAAGGUGGUGAUUGAAUCUGCUUCUACACUCUGGCAUUUCAUUCCAGUUUGUAAUGACUCACUGCGUGAUAAAGCUACUUCUCUUAUUAAUGAGACUUUUUUCCACGUCACUGAUCUCAUUUGGGCUUCAAUUCUUUGCCCAAAGGGGACAGUUUCUCUCUUUCUUUUCUGUCUAGACUCCAUAUAAUUUUAAACACUUUCAAUAAAUCUCCUCUUAACUGUUUCUUCAAGAAGAAUGGCCCUAACUUCUCCAAUCUAUCCACACAGUGAGAUCUUCUUGACCAGUUACAGUACAACUUUGACUUCAGUUGGAACUUGGCGAGAAGAAUAAUCAGGUGUUGCAUUGUCCUGAAAUGGUUCUCAGAUAAUUUAUUUCUUUCUUGAUUUAUCAAUUUAGAACUAUUCUCUUGAACUUUUUCUCCCUUUCUCCUGCAACCUUGAAGCUUUUAAAACUCAAGGUUAGUAUCAAUGAAACCUUUUCCUGAUUUAUUCCUCUUUUGCUCACAGGCUUGUAAUAUGAACUUUUAACUUUUAUCUGGGCUUUUCAAUUCAAAUAAAAUUAUAUUUUAGCUAAUUUUAUAUUGGACAAUCUGUAUCCACCAAGUUCUAUUAGAAUAGUGUUUUUAUAGAAACAAGAUCUGAAUUUUUUGAGCCUUUAAUCCAAACUCAUUGAGAUUUAAAGUACUUAUGCACUUUAUACUUGUGCCAUUGAUCCCAUAACUAGGAGGUUAAACCUGAAACAGGAAAUAUAGUUUUCUUAUGAUGGUAUCUUGUGAAAUCUCAACAAACUUUGAGCAAUGGAUAUGGAAUAGGCUAACAGUAGACACAAUUAAUUUUUCACAGUUUUUCAGAAACAGCAGGAUUAGUAUUUUGGAAUGAGUUUAAUGGUUCAGAGAAUAAUUAUAGGCUGAGAUGGUAGGCAUGUAACGAAGCUUUUUUUGCUAAAAUAAAUCAUUAUACCGAUGAGGCUUUUGGGAGAACUCUGAAAAGAUCUGGCACAAGGUUGUAUUGAUUGUGAUAUAAAGGACAUUAGUGUGUGUCAGGCAAUAGGGAUCGUUCCUCUGAUAGGAAAUUGUAAAAUGCCAUUGAUAAUUUAUGUAGAAAUUACUAUUGGCAUGACAUUAAGGCAAAUAGAUUACUUCGAAACAGCCAGGGAAGGGUGAGAGAUACUGCAUUUUAACAUUAUUAAAUGGGACAAGCUAUCAAAACAAAUGUCCCCUUUUUUAAACAAUAGUUUGCUUAUAUUCUGCUGAAAUUUAGGCCCCCAGACAUGGAUUUAUUUUUGUAAGGACUCUUCUCCUGAAUUUUAUACUUUUAUUUUGCACUGAGACUUCAAAUGUCUGAAGGCCACAAGUUAUGUUUACACUAAGGGCAGAGGUCUACAUCGAACUCCCACUGUUCAAGAAGACAAAUAAGCAUGAGGCAGAUAGAAAGAAACAGUAAAAAGAGUUUGAAAAGUUCUUAAUUUCACAUUUUGAAAGCCCAGUUAAUUAAUUGGAUGAAUAUUGUGUGUGAAUGUCAAAAUAUAAAUUCCAGAAAAAUACAUCAACUGGAAAAUGUAUGUUUGACUAAAUUUCAUGAAACAGUUCUUAAUGUUUAAGACCUUUUCUUGAUGCCUUGAGUUUUGGUUCAAAAAGUUUAUUGAAGCCCUGUAUGGUGAUAUAUGCUAUUUCCAAAUUAUUCAAUAAUUCCUCUAAAAGUUGCUAUGUACUUUUAAUGGAGCACUUUUAAGGCCAACUAUUCACUGAACUUUCAAUAUUUUAGGAUGAUUUGAAACAUAUUCAUAGUUCAUAAUUCAUAAUUUCUCCAUCCUCCUGUUAUUAUGAAAAAGUCAUAGCCUCUAGCUUUCUUUAAGCAAUACUGCAGUAUUUGUAAAUAAUCAGUUUGGGUUCCAACUUUUAAUUCCAGCUGUGACACCAAAUGUUGUAUCCCCUUCACACCAAGGUUAUUUGAAAUCUUCGAGGAGAAAGUGAGGUCUGCAGAUGCUGGAGAUCAAAGUUGAAACUUUAUUGC